AACCAACCCAAGCCCAACAAGCACCAAUUUUUGUUAGUUCGACUUCUUCCUCAGUCACAACUUGUGCAUCGCCCUAAGCCUAAGUUGCAGCGCCGAUAACAAUUUUCUCUCUCCUCAACAAACGAUCUCAUCUUCGAAACAACAAAGAAAAAAGCAAGAGAUGAGGCCAAUUUUGAUGAAGGGCCAUGAAAGGCCUUUAACAUUCUUGAAGUAUAACAGAGAAGGCGAUCUUCUCUUCUCAUGCGCCAAGGAUCAUAAUCCUACUGUUUGGUACGCCGACAAUGGCGAACGCCUUGGUACUUAUCGUGGACACAACGGCGCCGUUUGGUCCUGCGAUAUCUCUUGGGAUUCUUCGCGCCUUAUCACUGGUAGUGCAGAUCAGACAGUGAAGCUGUGGGAUGUUAAAAAAGGAGAACAAUUGUAUACUUUCAAUUUUGACGCUCCUGCUAGGUCUGUUAACUUCUCAGUGGGUGAUAAACUUGCUGUAAUAACUACUGAUCCGUUCAUGGAGAAGACAUCUGCGAUUCAUGUGAAACGCAUUGCAGAAGAUAUUGAUGAACAGACCAAUGAAUCUGCUCUUGUUAUGAGGGGUCCAAGUGGACGAAUUAAUAGGGCUGUUUGGGGGCUUCUGAACAAAAAUAUAAUCAGUUGUGGUGAGGAUGCCAUCAUUCGUGUGUGGGAUCCUGUGACAGGCCAAGAAAUAAUGUCAACCAAGGACCAUGAAAAUGGUCACAACAAUGCAAUUACGUCACUUUGUUUCUCUGCAGAUAAAUCACAUUUCCUCACCGGUUCUCUAGAUAAAUCAGCUAAGCUAUGGGACACAAGAAGUCUAACCCUCAUUAAAACCUAUAUCACGGGGCGGCCUGUGAAUGCUGUUACAAUGUCUCCCCUGUUGGACCAUGUUGUGCUUGGAGGUGGUCAGGAUGCAUCAACUGUGACAACUUCAGAUCAUCGUGCAGGGAAGUUUGAGGCAAAAUUCUUUGACAAGAUUCUUGAGGAAGAAAUUGGAGGCGUUAAGGGGCACUUUGGGCCUAUAAAUGCCUUGGCCUUCAACCCUGAUGGAAAAAGUUUUGCCAGUGGAGGUGAAGAUGGUUAUGCAAGGUUACACCACUUUGACCCCGAUUAUUUCACUAUCAAGAUCUAAUGAUUCUACAUUAGCCUUUUUUGACUAAUAUUUUCCUCAAGAAAAAAUUUGUGUAGUCAUUUUACUGACAAGUUACUAUGUUGCUCUAUUUCUUUAGUUACGUGAAAGCAGAAUAUUCUCGUACUAAUGUCUACUAAAAGAUUCAGUGUUCUCAACAAUAACAUGAUUAUCAGUUUUUGAACUAGCAAUUAAGAAUUACGUAAGCCCAUAA